CGGGAAACUUCAUGUAUCAAAAUAGUUCUUUUUCUUAUAUUUAAUAAAUUACAAUUUCCACAAUUCAAAACGAGGUAAUUUAAAGGUAUAAUAGCAUAAUUUAAUAUUCAUUUGUCUUUUUUGGAAAUACAUUUUGAUGAGGUAUAAAAAGUCGUCAAUCGCAAAAAGAAAAGAUCACUCAAUUACUUAACCACAUAUCACAUUUCAAACAUGCUUUUUACUGGUAAUAAUUUUUUUGGUAUAACAGCUUCGGUGCUUUUUGCCAUUUCAAGUGUGCAAGCCAGUUUCCUUGAUAGACCUAGUGUUUUCACUUAUUGGGGACAGAACUCGAGGAGUGGUUCUAAUACACAAAAGCCUCUUGCCACUUAUUGUGAUAGUUCCUCUGAUGUUAUUAUCAUGUCCUUUGUACUUGAUUUCAAAGAUAGCAGCCUUCCUACACUCAAUUUAGCCAAUAGUUGUACAGGGACAGCUUUUCCAGGCACAUCUCUUUUGAAAUGUCAUGAUGUUGGCAAAGACAUCAAAACUUGCCAAAAAAAGGGCAAAACAGUGCUCAUGUCUUUAGGGGGUGCCGCUGGCAAUUAUGGAUUCUCAAACGAUAAGGAUGCUAAAGCAUUUGCUGAUACCCUUUGGAACUUGUUUGGUGGCGGCUCAAGCAAGACUCGUCCAUUUGGAGAUGCAGUUCUUGAUGGCUUUGAUCUUGACAUUGAAGGGGGUGGCUCUACUGGUUAUAUUGCCAUGGUGAGACGUCUUCGUUCUCAUUUUGAUAAGGACAAUUCCAAAAGAUAUUAUAUCACUGCUGCUCCCCAGUGCCCUUAUCCAGAUGCCAUGCUGGAAACAGUAAUUAACAAGGUUGAGAUUGAUGCUGUCAAUGUUCAAUUCUAUAACAAUUAUUGUUCUACCACAAGUAGCAGUUUUAAUUUUGAUACUUGGGAUAAAUGGGCCAAGAAGACAUCACCCAAUAAGAAAGUCAAAGUCAUGCUGAGCAUACCUGGAUCGAGCACAGCUGCAGGAAGUGGUUACGUCCCUUUCAAGUCCCUUAAGCCCAUUGUGAAAGAUGUAUAUCUUACUUAUUCUAGUUUUGGUGGUGUCACUGUUUGGGACGCUUCUGCUUCAUAUGGUAAUACUGAAGUUCAUCCGAAUUACCAAGCUGCUGUUGCUAAUAUGGUUCACACAUUGUCUAAAGGUAAUAAUAAUCCAACAAAAACAAAAAUAAGAACUACGACUAGAAAAAAGACUACUACAACUCGAACUAAAACAAUAAAGUCGAGUAAGACUAGCACUAGCGCACCUACAAUACAUCCCACAGAUACGCUUAGAAAUUGUGUGAAAGAAGGUCAAACAUGUUCAAAUAAUAAUCAACUUGUUUGUUCUGGAGAUUCAUUUGCUACUUGUAAUCAUGGUAAAUGGAUGCUUCGUGGAUGUCCAUCUGGUCUCACUUGCUUCUCUACUACUGAUGGUUCUUCUGUCUACUGUGGUCAAGGCACAUCUAAAAGCAAAUGCUCCGCUAGUAAUUUACGCUUACCCUCUAAUGAUCGAACUAUUAUUCAGGCUGCACACAAGAAAAUAGUCAAAAUGCUUUCUGGCCCUGAAGCCAAGCCUUACAAGAAUAGUCGUAUGAUUGUGCAAUUCUCUGUCUCUAACUCUACUGAUGGUAAUUUCAAUGCGGUUAUUAAUGCUCGUCGGCUUGACAAGAAGUCCUUUGGAAAGACAGUCAAUUUUCAAUUCAAGACAAAUAAUGGUAUCAAAAUCAAUUCUGUCAAGGAUGGUAAGGUUACUCAAAACAAGAACCAAGUCAAGAUUCAAUAUCGAAAUCCUGAUGAGAAGGCCAUGACUGUUAUUAUACAACUUGAAGGGCAAGCCAAUUCUGGUGUUCUUGUCGCUCCCAAUGCCAACUCCAUAAAAUUUUUAGCUUGAGUCCCUCAGGAAAUGGAAAUUCAUAUGCUAC